AUGCUAAAUUUCACUUCAAAAUAUUCAUUAACUUUUAACAUAGCAUCUCAUUUGAAUAAAUUGAUUUGCGCUGUAUGUCCAGAUUCGAAAAUUGCCGAACAAUUAUCUAUAAGCCGCACAAAAGCUAGAGCUAUUAUUGUUAAUGUAACUGGGCAGACAGCUGAAGAAAAUAUAAUAGAGAUGUUACAGAACAAUUGCUUUGCACUACUUGUUGACGAAAGCACAGAUAAAUCUAUGAUAAAACAUUUAGCGCUUGUCGCUAGAAUAGUAAAAUUAGAUUUCAGCGUUGAAGAUAGAUUUCUGACUUUAAUACCAAUCGUAGAUGGAACAGCAACAGCGUUGUAUGGCAAAAUAGUAGAAUAUUUUGUUGAAAAAAAUAUUCCUUACAAAUCAAACAUGAUAGGCUUUGCUUCUGAUUGCGCUAACGUUAUGUUUGGAGAUAAACAUUCAUUGACCACUUUGUUUAAAAAUGACAUACCUCACCUUUUUACUAUGAAGUGCAUUUGUCAUUCUUUUAACCUAUGCGCAUCAUACGCAUGUGAGAAAUUGCCAAGGGGCGUGGAAGAUUUCUGUAGAGACGUAUAUAAUCAUGUACAAAAUUCACCAAAACGUAUUGGAGAUUUCAAAAUAUUUCAAUCAUUCACAAAUAUUAAGCCACACGAAUUACUCCACCCUAGCCAAACCAGAUGGUUGUCGCUUACUGAGGUAGUAAAUAGGGUUCUGGAACAAUUACGAGCUAUAAAAUUGUAUUUUCAAGCUGCAGUUCAUGUAUAUAGAUUACUUUCUGCGCAAUCAAUUCUCUCCAAGGCUCUCGAACCGACAACUGAAUUGUACCUGGAGUUUUUGAAAUUUGCAUUACCUAUAUGUAUUUACCGAUCUCAAUAAAAAAAUGCAAUCCGAGACUCCGAAAUUAUAAUUACUAUACGAAAAAAUACUGACCGCAU